AUGAAUGUGUCCGGCACAGAAAUCACCAACUCCAUUAGCCACUUUAUCCUCGUGGGCUUUCCCUCAAGCCCAGAAAUGCAGCUCCUCUACUUCGGGCUCUUCUCAGUGGUCUACACGCUGACUCUCAUGGGGAACGCAACCAUUGUCUGUGCAGUGCGGUGGGAACGGCGUCUUCACACGCCCAUGUACAUCCUCUUGGGGAAUUUCUCUCUCCUGGAAAUAUGUUAUGUCACCACGACCGUCCCUAACAUGUUGGCCAAUUUCCUGUCCUCAAGCAAGUCCAUUUCCUUUGUGAGCUGUUUUGCACAGUUCUACUUCUUCUUCUCUCUGGGGUGUGAUGAGGGCUUCUUCCUCUGCAUCAUGGCCUUUGACAGGUACCUUGCCAUCUGUCGUCCUCUGCAUUACCCACGCAUUAUGACGAAACAGAUGUACACUGGUCUUGCUAUCUUUGGCUGGUCGUGCGGGUUCGUCCUCUUCCUAACCCCAGUUGUUCUCAUUUCACAGUUACCCUACUGUGGCCCAAAUACCAUCAACCAUUUCAUGUGUGAUCCUGCCCCAUUGAUGAUGCUGUCCUGUUCUGAAGACACCACAACACAGUUCAUUUACUCUACUUUCAAUGCUGUUUUCAUGAUUGGAACCUUUCUCUUUGUUCUUUGUUCCUAUGCUCUGGUGAUUGUGGCUGUGCUAAGGAUGCCCUCAGCAGCAGGCAAACGCAAGGCUUUCUCCACUUGUGCUUCUCAUCUGGCAGUGGUGAUCCUGUUUUUUGGCUCUAUUAUGGUGAUGUAUGUUAGUCCUAGAUCAGGACACCCAGUGCAAGUGCAGAAAAUUGUGACCUUGUUUUAUUCUGUGAUAACACCCCUCUGUAAUCCUCUAAUUUAUAGCCUAAGGAACAAGGAAAUGAAGACUGCCCUAAGGAAAGUCUUUAGGACUGAAAUACCUGCUCAUAAAAUAUAA